CCGCCCCUCCUCGGGCUGCUGCAGGCGCCAAUGAAGCUGCCGCGGCGCCAGGGGGCGGGCUGCAGGAGACGGGUCUGUGGGUGCCUCUCUAUCCCCAGUGGGUUGAGGCGUCUCUGUGGUUGGGCACUGGGCAGUUGCCAUAGCGCCGCCGCCGCGCCCAGCGGAGGGCCCGGGGCCUUCCCGCAGUCCCGGCCCAAAGCCCCCUCCGGGACGGGGCUCCAGAAAGAGCUUUCAGUUACUAUGUGGGCAAGCUGCUGUAACUGGUUUUGUCUGGAUGGCUCAGCUGAAGAGAUGGAGCAGCAGGCACAGCAGGGAGCCAGAGCCCAAGCCUACUCCAACCCUGGGUUCAGCUCCUACCCCUCUCCCACCUCUUCUGAACAGAGCUGCAAAGCCUGUGGGGUGCACUUUGACAGCCCCUCCAGGAAGCACAUCUGUUUGGACUGUAAAAAGAAUUUUUGUACGUCCUGCUCCAGCCAGCCUGAAGGUGGCCCCCUCCUCUGCCAUCUCUGCCAGCGGGUCCGAGCCACAGCUUUUCAGCGGGAGGAGCUGAUCAAGAUGAAGGUGAAGGAUCUGCGGGACUAUUUGGCCCUCCGUGAGAUUUCCACAGAGUUGUGUCGUGAAAAGGAGGACCUGGUAUUUCUGAUUCUUGGCCAGCAGUCUCUAAUUACCCAGGAAGAUCAGAUAAUAACGAAUGCAUUUAAUCCUAGUGCCUCUGGACAGCAAGACUUUGUGAUUCUCCCACCCACCAGCACAGCAUCUUCUACCUCACAUGAUGUGGCUGCAGAUCCCAUCUCAAGUUCAGGAGCUCAGGAACACCCACAGGUAAAUGGUUAUGUAUCUCCAAGCCAAGGUGGUCUGACAGAAGUUGAGAAUGCAGCAGAAGCACCAACAGAGGAAGAGACACAGUCUACUGACUCAGAGGAUAACCUGGUGCUGGGGAGGAAGGCUUCCCUCUCUGACCUCACCAGCCUCGGGGACAUCAACGCGCUCUCCGUGCGGCAGCUGAAGGAAAUUCUUGCCCGGAACUUUGUCAACUACAAAGGCUGCUGUGAGAAGUGGGAGCUGCUAGAGAGGGUGACCCGUCUCUAUAAAGAGAAAGACCUUCAACAGCUAGUUUCUGACACUGACGAUCACACUGGUGGUGCUGGGCUCCCUGGCCCAGAGGAAAACCUCUGCAAAAUCUGCAUGGAUGCACCCAUCGACUGUGUCCUGCUGGAAUGUGGCCACAUGGUCACCUGCACCAAGUGUGGGAAGCGGAUGAGCGAGUGCCCCAUCUGCAGGCAGUAUGUGAUCAGGGCUGUGCAUGUCUUCAAGUCCUAAGUGGGGGCAAGGGAACUGGUGGUGCCUUGAAGCCUCACCUGCUCUGAAAGAAAUGGUCAAAAUUGUUCCCAGGAGUUAGGGCAGAGAUCAGCAAAUGGACCAAUGGAAGCUGGAAGUGAGGGAAGGAUGAAGCCUGGGGAAACUCCUUCUUACUCAAGUUAUGCCUGGCUCUGCUCAUCCCAUAAUAGUGCUUUACACCACAGUGCCUGGAUUCCUUGGAGCUUCUUGCCAGCAGCAGACACACAAACCAUUAACAACCUCCAUCCUACAAUUACUCGAGUGUUUGGAAGAGAUGGAUGCUUGGCUUUCCAUCAGAGAGAGGCUUUUUAUUUUUCCCUGAAUAAAAAAAGUGGACUGAAAUCUCCAAGUUUUGUUUUUCUGCUUAGGGUAUAAACUCAGCACCAACUUGAAUUUCCAAGAUAAAAAUUUGUUAGUGCUUGUUAAUUUUUUUUUUUUUAAAUUUAAUGUGAAAUUCUUAUGCUUGCAGGACAGGCAGACUGCCUCUGAUUUCUGUGUUCAGAAUAAGCAUAAUUCUAGCCUAGUGCAAUUGUGGAAAAAUGUGUAACUUUAUUUGAAGUGGACUUUAUUGAAAAAAUUUAAGGGGAAUGUGACUGUGAAAUAUCCAGCCUUACCUUGUGUGGUGGUUUUCUGUUUGCCUGUUAGGGCAAGGGGGAUUUCUAGUUUGACUGUUGCUGAUUCCUUUGACUUCACAGCCUUCCUUACAGCAUACACCACCACGUGUUUUAAAACUGAACUGACUUCACUUGAUGAAAGAGCUGUGAUCCAAGGCUUGAGUCUUUUAGGGUUUUGUGCAGAAAACAGAGCUAACAAGUUGUAAAGAUUUCAUGGUCACACAAUCAUAUUUAAGUACAGGUGACUUUUUUUUUUAGAGGGGAGACAUGAAAGAAAGCAAACUUUGUCUCCCUUGAAUCAUUGAGUGAAUAUCAUUGUAGGUUCUUCUGUUUGCUCAUCAGCUUCCCCCUUACUUUCCCCUUUGCUCAACCUUACAGUCCUAUUGCAUUCAGCCUGCUUACCAAGAGCAAUUUCUUUUGUACUUUCUGCUUUGAGGGUAGAGAGGAGAUUCUGUGGUCUGAGAUGUGACCAUUGCCAGCCCUUACUGCUAUCUUCAGUGGGAAGCCUUGCUAGAGAAAACUCUAACUGGUGUAUCUUUCCCUCAAGUGGCCUGGAAGCACUCAGAGCACUCAGUUGGUACCACAGCUACUCUCCCAAUCUUGAUGCCUUAAGUUUCCAGCCAGCAUGGGAUUGUUUUCUCAUUUCAAGUCAUGUAUGAAGUUCAGUACCUUCUGCUGCAGGUUUUUUUCCUGUCUUGCUUUUCCCUUGGGGGAUGGGUGAUCACUUGGUGUUCAAACUGAAUCUCUGCCAGCAGAAAACAGCAUAAAAACUCAAGUAUCAAUGUACAGCUUCUGGAUGUGCAGUUAAAGAACUGAUCACCAAAGCCCUGGAUCUUAUUUUGCAGUCAGUGAUUAUGUUAACAGCCAAGGAAAUUAUUGUCAUCUUUAACCUGGAAUAUUGCAUGAGUAGCACUGCUGAAGUGGCAGGGAGGGAAGGGUCUCUGCUCUGCCAGUGUGAGCCAAUAGAACUUCAGGUGAAGAAAUCUGUCACUUGGUGGGCAGCAGAACCUCUGCAGUAUUGAGGUGGCUGCUGAACUCCACAGAAACACAACAGCUGCUGAGGUUUUACUGAACUAAAAAUUGAGUUUUACCUCUUUCCCUGUUCAGGUUGUUCUCUAACCUUUGGCUUAAGGUUCAACAGGUUCCAGGAUGAGAAGAGUAGUGGUAGAAUUCAGUGCAUGAUGUUAAAUACUGCAGGUAGCAGUGACUGUAUUUACUCAAGGGAUUCACAGGGAUUUGGUUAAGAGUUAGAGGAAUAAACAAAGUGUUGAACAGCCUCAUUUAAUAAAUUCACUGUGAAAAUUCAUGUCAUAUUUUUCAAUAAACUCAGGGCUGGGGGAAUUUAGCAGGAAGAUGAUUAUUCCCCUGUGGACAGAUGUAGAGGGUAGGCUUAUUUUCUACAGCAUAUAAAUCAAAAUAGAUCAAUGUCUGAAAUUUUAGUAAUGAGAAUAUGUACCCACCAGCUGACUCUGACAUAUGCUUUCUGAAGGGAGGACUUUGUUUUUACUCCUGACUCCAGUGUUUCCCUUGCAAAAAAAAAAGGAUUCUCUACAAUGGAUAUGAUUGUUUUAAAGGAAAAUCGAAAUCUGGAGAAAACUAAUGGUCCAAAGGAAUAUAAUGAUGACAACUAAUAAAGUAAAUGGAAAUAUUUAUGUGCUUUAUGUACACUGUAAAUAGUUUAAAUAUUUUAAAGGUUAAUAUUCUACUUGAAAUGGCAUGUUCUUCUCUAUUAAAUCUCUUGGUACUGUGAUGGUUAGACUUACUAGUUUUGGUACAGAAGUUUGGUUUAUAAUUUUAUAAUAAAGCUGAAAUGUGAUUUAA